AUGUUACCUGUUUUUUUAACAAAUCCAAAUGCAAUAUGUUUUCCAUUGAAUUCUUUGUCUAAAACAGCUAUUUCAUUAAAUAAUACAGAAAUUGAUACUUUAAUAAAUAUUUAUUCACCAAUACAUUCAUUAAAUAAAACAACUCGAACAUUUUAUGAUUUAUUUAAUCUUCAAAAUUAUCAAAUCAUUGAUCAAGAAAAAAAACGAUCAAUAAUUACAUCAAAACAACGUUUUAAUUUUGCUAAAUUAGCUGAUGAAGUUAUUAAAGACAAAGAAGAUUUAUCGAAUUCAGAAUUAUCAUUGAAUGUUAAUCAUUUAUCAAUACCAUCACCUCCAUCCAUUCCAGCUGCAAUCACAAGUAGUGUUUCAUUACUUUCAGCUACUACUUAUUCUAAAAAAAGAUCGAAAGAAUAUAUUUGUCAAUAUUGUAAUCGUUGUUUUACAAAAUCUUAUAACUUAUUAAUUCAUAUACGAACACAUACUAAUGAAAGACCAUUUACAUGUGAUAUAUGUUAUAAAGCAUUUCGACGACAAGAUCAUUUAAGAGAUCAUAAAUAUACUCAUUCGAAAAAUAAACCAUAUCAAUGUUUAGAAUGUGGUAAAAGUUUUUGUCAAUCUCGAACACUUGCAAAUCAUAAAUCAACUAUACAUAAACAAUUUCCAUUUUAUUAUAAUUAA